AUGUGUGAUUCGCGAAGACAGCACCAGGAGCAGAAGUGCUGUGGGGUCCAGCAUUAUGACGACUGGAAAUACUCCAAGUGGGUUAAAAUCAGAAAUCAAGAGCGAAAUGUAACUUCGAUUGAUGACGAGAACUUUGCUCACGCUCCUGACUCCUGCUGCAAGACAGUGCUGGAUAACUGUGGCACAAUGGCGCAUCCUAACAACUUCUACGAACACGGAUGUCUGAAGCAGAUCGUUGACUUCUUCGAGCGCAAUUUGUUGGUCCUGUCGAUAGCAGCUGUAUUUGUAUUGAUGAUUCAACUUGUGGCAUUGGUUUCCUCCUUACUGUUGCUGAACAAGUUGAGAAAGAAAAAUAUUUGGGAGUGGUAUCGGGGACUGGCUAAAGCCACCCAAACUACAUAUAAAGUCCGAUAA